AUCAUAAAUUAAAAAAGAAGGUCGGCAUCGUCGUCGCUAUAUCCUGUCAUCAUCUAGGGUUCUUCUUCUCCGAUAUGUAUUGAUUCUCUCAGUAAAAGAAGCUCGCUCGUUCGUGAAAUCGAUUCUUAGCAAUUUUGAUAUUUAGGGAUUAGGGAAUCGUGAUUGACAAUCUUAGUUCGCUUCGUUGUAUAGAAAAAAAAAAGGAAUUAGAUAGGGUUUUGUAGAUUCGAUUAUGGAUACUAAUCAAGCUCCUGGAAUCGACGAUCUUAAGAAAGUUGCAGAUAAUCCUUCAGGUGAUUCAAUGUUUGAUGCAUCUCAGUAUGCCUUCUUUGGGAACGAUGUUGUGGAGGAGGUUGAGCUUGGUGGACUGGAAGAAGAGGAAGAUGAGAUUCUGUCUUUUAAUGGAAUAAGGGAAGGCUUUUCAUUUGACAACGAAGAGGUUGAAGAUUCUAGGCCUCUGUCUGACGUUGAUGAUCUUGCUACUACUUUCUCAAAGUUGAAUAGGGAUCCUGAGGUCUAUAGAAACACGGGACCAAUCAUUGAUAGGCGACCGGGACAGAAUUCUUUAGCACCUGACUGGACUUAUAGGGAGGAGUUACCAGAUUGGAAUGGCCAGAAGUUACUGGACUCUGAUGCCAUCAAAGAUGACAAGGCUUGGUCGGGACAACCAUUCUCUACUCUGGACCCUAAAAGAACAACACCACAUCUCGAACCCCGGCAUCAGCUACAUCAAAACCACAAUCAACAACAGUUUCCCAGUGAUCCGAUUCUUGUCCCGAAGUCAUCUUUUGUUUCAUACCCUCCUCCAAGCAGCAUAUCACCAGAACAGCGUUUAGGACACCCAAAUGUUGCACCAUAUCAUUCUGGUGGGCCUCAAAUGGGAUCGCCAAUCUUUUCUCAGUUCCCAACUUUGCAGCCUCAGUUGGCUGGCAUGCAUCAUGGAUCUCCCCAGCGCGCUGGAAACGUGCCUCAGUUUCGUCCAGAUCUUCCCCUGAAUAACCGCCCUCAGGCUCAAUGGAUGAACAACGCGUUGCUACAACAGCCGUCUCAUCAAAACGGUUUGAUGCCCCCUCAGAAUAGAUCACAACAUCCAAUGCAGCCUCAGUUAUUUAAUCCUCAUCUUUCUCGAUCAUCAUCCUCUGGAAGUUAUGAUGGAAUGCUUGGGUUUGUUGAUCCAAGGGAAGCAAGACCAGGGUCGGCUCAAGGCAACAGACAGAACAUGCGUUUUAAUCAACACGGCUUUGAUGGUGGCGUUCAGAGGAGAAAUAGCGGAUGGCCUCCAUACCGCUCCAAAUAUAUGUCAGCAGGCGAGCUAGAGAAUAUAUUGAGAGCGCAGCUUGCUGCUACACACAGCAAUGAUCCUUACGUUGAUGACUACUACCAUCAAGCAUGUCUUGCGAAGAAAUCUGCAGGUGCAAAUCUAAAACAUCAUUUCUGUCCAAAUCAUCUGAGGGACCUCCUCCAUCCACGUGCACGGACGAACAACGAGCCCCAUGCGUUUCUUCAGGUCGAUGCUCUUGGCAGAGUUCCUUUCUCUUCGAUCCGCAGGCCUCGUCCCCUUCUUGAAAUGGACCCUCCAAACUCAACUAAAUCUGGUGAUGCGGAUAACAAAGCUACCGAUAAGCCCCUUGAUGAAGAACCCAUGCUUGCAGCUAGAGUGUGCAUUGAGGAUGGUCUUAACCUCCUCCUCGAUGUUGAUGACAUUGAUCGCUUCCUACAGUUUAGCCAACUCCACGAUGGAGGAAACCAGUUGAAACAAAAACGGCAAGCUUUGCUGGAAAGCCUCGCCGUUUCGCUGCAGCUCGUUGAUCCCCUCGCCAAGAAUGGGCAAAGCAGGUCGCAAGAUGAUUUCAUCUUUCAAAGGAUCAUCUCUCUUCCAAAGGGUCGGAAGCUACUCGUAAGGUAUCUUCAGCUUAUCUUCCCUGGAAGCGACCUAAUGAGGAUAGUCUGCAUGGGCAUUUUCCGACAUUUGAGAUCACUGUUUGGAGUCCUCUCAUCCGAUCCUGACAUCGCCAAAACCACAAACAAGCUUGCAAACGUCGUAAACUCGUGCAUCCACAAGAUGGAGUUGGGACCCAUCAGCGCGUGUCUAGCAGCGGUGUCAUGCUCUUCCGAGCAGCCACCGCUCCGUCCUCUAGGCAGUCCUGUUGGAGACGGAGCUUCAACUGUACUGAAAUCUACGCUCGACAGGGCUUCAGAGCUUCUCCGGGGUAAUAACUUCAACAACGCGGGCAUGGCUCUAUGGCGUGCUUCUUUCAACGAGUUCUACAACCUUCUGAUGAGGUAUUGCAUCAGCAAAUACGACGGCAUCAUGCAGAGUCUGAACUCGCAGCUGCCUCCAGAGUUUGCUAGUGAGAUAUCUGAUGCAGCUGCGCAAGCCAUUGUCCGCGAAAUGCCUAUUGAGCUUCUACGUUCGAGUUUCCCACAUAUUGAUGAGCAGCAGAAGAGGUUACUGAUGGAGUUUUUGAAACAAUCUAUGCUCGGAAGCCAGAAAACAGAGCCAGCCAUGAGCCGAUAGUAUCCAGAGUAUAGAAUCCAGACACCAUAUCUCGCAAAUGUCUGUAUAUGAAGGCAUAAAGAUCAUGCAGAUACCGUAACAAGAAAAGGUUAGAGAGAAUCAGUUCUCACACUUUUUUUUUUUGCAGCAGAGAAAGAGGAGUUGUAUUUGAAGUUUGGUCUCUGUACAGAAAAACUAAGUCUUUUAGCUUUUGCAGAACUUUGUAGCCAAGUCAUUGUGUGUCUUCUGUCUUCCUGUCUAGUUCAUGUCAUUGUGGUUUUCUUUUUUUUUCUCAUUUUUGCAACCUUUUUCAUGUUUUUGAUAAUUCUAUUUCCAUUUUUCUUUA